AUGGUGGAGAAAACGUCAGAUUGGAGAUUGAGAGGAGAGGAACCGAGCGAAGCCCAGGAAGAUGAUUGGCUACCUGCUCGCCCACCUCUGCUGUCUGGACAACCCUUCAUAGUCUUCUGGGGGAUCAAAGACUCUUCCUGUUCCAACCGUCCCGACUUUCGUUCCUUCGGAAUCGAGCCGGAAGGACGAGUAGCAGUUUUUUAUGAAGAUACUUUGGGGAACUAUCCUUAUUUUGUGGAUAAGAACACUGCAGUAAACGGGGGGCUACCUCAGCACACCAAACUGGACCUACACAUCCAAAAAACCCAGGGGGACAUAGAGACAGCACUGCCCGCACCGAGAUACCUGGGCCUGGGGGUGGUGCGGUGGCAGGAGUGGGCUCCUCAGUGGAGCCGGAGUGGACUAAAACAGGGGCUGUAUCAGAACUCCACCAGGAAACUGCUUCGAAGGUUUUUCCCAGACUGGCCGGAUCAAGAGCUGGAGAGAUGGUCCAAGGUGGACUUUGAGGCCGCUGCUCAGUCCGUAAUGACAGAAACCCUGAGAGAGGUGCAGAGGUCGCGGCCCAAAGCAUUGUGGGGGAUGUGUCCGUACCCCAGCUGUUCUAAUGGCUCCCCAGCUCAGACCGCACUGUCCAACUACACAGGGGAGUGUCCCGAGGAGGAGAGGAGUCUGAACGACCAGCUGCUGUGGCUGUGGAGGAGGAGCAACGCCAUUUACCCUCUGCUCACGCUGGAGAAGAUACAGGGUGGGACUCGAGGAGCAACUUUGUUCCUGUCCAAUCAGAUUCGAGAAGCCCUGAGAGUGGCAUCUCUAGGAGGACGUACGGAUGACCUGCCUGUGUUCCCACUGAUGCAAAGUGUCUAUGCCUCCACUAACACAUUCUUAUCUGAGAGUGACCUGGUGACAACCAUUGGAGAAAGCGCCGCUCUGGGAACUGCUGGAAUUGUCAUUUGGGACAAGGCUGAGUCAAAGACUGAGAGAGAGUGUGAGGAGCUGAUUCGCUUCACCGCUUCAGUGUUGGGUCCAUAUGUGUCCAAUGUGACGGCUGCUUCCAGACUGUGCUCAGCUUCUCUGUGUCAGAACAGAGGCCGCUGUGUGAGGCUGGACCAGGACAAGCCCACCUUCCUGCACCUGCCUCCCAACACCCAGCUCUUAGAGGAAAAGUCGGAUGAAGCCACAGAUGAAGCCACAGAUGAAGCCACAGAUCAGCCUGAGCCGUCUCCGACACCUGAUCCUGACCUGGUCUCAGAACCCGAAGCUGGCCCGGACCAAGACCCCAGGCCUGACCUGGACCCUGCAGAACUGUGGAAGAGAGACUUCCAGUGCCAGUGGUUCUCCUCCGCAGACAGGGACGGAUCAGAGCAGCAGUCACCCAAAGACGGGGCUCCUUCUGUGGGCAAACGAGAGGACAGCAUGAGGAGGGGACUGGAUGGACUGGCCAGGUUGUCAGACGGGAUGUCCACAACUACAGGUGCCUACAGGGUUCAGAACGGGGAGAUUGGAGCAAGUGUCAGUCCAAAAUCUACUCUGGACACACCAGUGGACCAUGGAGCGAAAACAUGUCCAUCCAGGAUAAUGAUGCUGUUGAUGCUUCUGCUGGCACUUUACAUGUGGAAAUAA